GGGUAUUUAAGUCCCGUGCAAUCUUUAGAUGUCAACCAACCUGCAAAGACUCUUGGAGAAAUAAUACUUCGCCUAAAACUUAAAGUGAAAAUACAUUAAUAUAUACCGUAGAUAAUACAAAGCAAAGACUCAACAUGACAAACGCACUUCUAUUGUCAGCAAUGAUGUUUGCAGUGGUAUUAGCUGCUCCAACGCAACUAAAAAAAUCCAAAGAAGACGUUUUUAUUUUAUGUGACGGAAGUCCUGCAGACAUCUUCUUCCUACUCGAUAGUUCCUCCAGUAUCUGGAUAGAAGACUAUAAAAAGCAACUUAAAUUCAUCCAACAAAUCGUCGACUACUUCCCGGUGUCAGCGACAGAAACCCGAUUCGGAGUGGGCGUGUUUGCUGACCAUUACAGACAAGAGAUCGGUUUCGGUGAUUUUGACAACUCUUUUGAUCUUAAAACUGCCAUAGGUGGAAUUAGAAAAAGACUAGGAGGUACCCAGACAGGCCGGGCGCUUAGAAAAGUCAGACAACAAGCCUUCAGUCAAGCUAGACCGGACGUUGGACACGUGUUAGUGGUAUUGACUGAUGGCGUUUCAAGGAAUACGGAAGAGACAAAGAGGGCUGCCGCCUCUUUGAAGGCACAGGGGAUCCAUGUGUUUGCUAUUGGGAUCGGAAUGAAAUCGGACAUGACAGAGCUGAAGUAUAUCGGCAGUGAACCCAAGGAGACCUACGUACACAAUGUCACAGACUUCAACGUCUUGAAUAAAAUACGUGAAAAGCUGGCCUUCCAAGUUUGUAAAGCACCAAAACACGAGCCAUACUGCAGCGCUGGGAUGAAAACCGACGUCAUGUUCGCCUACGAUGCCUCGAGUAUGGGGACAAAAAAUGCUAGGCGUAUACAGGACUUUAUCGGAGACACUAUCCAGAACUUCGCCAACAUGGACGACGGAACGAUACAAACUGGCAUACUGUCGGGACAGUGUGACAGAGACAACGUCGAUCUGAACGUGUUCAGCGAUAAAGACUCAAUGGCUUCUUUCGUCAGAAACAGCGACUUCCGAGGGGUCGACGAGAUUGUACGAGAUUUACACGAACACAGCUAUGAAGCAUUGAGAGGUGGACGAGAAACCGCGAGACGGAUGUCUGUUGUCAUUGUAGAUGAAAACGUCGAAAAAAUCAAACGUUUGGAGACGGAGAUGAAAAUCGCUAAGUCAAGGAAAGACAUUCAGUUUGUGGUAAUCACUAUUGGUGACAGCUCCGUAUUUGAUUCCCUGAAACCUCUCGUUACGGAACCAGUGGACUCUUACUUCUUCAACGUCCCGUCUCAUAGCGACAUAGACACCAUCAAAGACCAGUUCGUAGAUAGUUUAUGUCAAGGUUUCAAAGUUCCCGCCCCGAAAGGACCGAAUAAGAUAUACUACGACAAUUUCGAUGACAUUGUCCCUAUAAGCAACCUGGUCAUUGAAUCCUAGAACUGUGCUUUCCAUCGAUAACAUACCUUAUAACAAUCAUUACAAGAACAUUUUGAAGACGAACUUUACAUUUCCGGAUGUUUAUUUAUCGACCAAAAGAGAGACAUUUUGUAAUAUAUUCUCGCCUGUCCAUAUUUGAUUUUUACGUGCUUUUUAUUCCAAUUGUGAAAUGGGGAGAUAUGCCAAAGAGAGAGACACACACACAAGAUACAGAGAGUCACGCUGAGGGACAUAGAGCGAGAGACAAACAGAGAGAGAGAGA